AUUUAAAGCAUUUCGACAUGCAUAUACUGUAUUAACAGUAUUAGUUAAUUCUAGAGCGAAAGAAGAUGAAGAAUGAUUUUGUUUUAAUAGGAACGUUAUCACUGCAACGCUAGUUGUUCAGUCGGAGGUAUUUAGUUGUCGUAGCGCUUUUUUCUCUUGCGGUUUGCAGAUUUAAUUCCUGCAAGGUAACUGAACUGGAAAUGAUCUUGAUACGUGAAUCAUCGGCUGAGUAGACUAUGGACUCUGCACCAAACACCACGUUUAAGACACCUCAAUGUUUUGCUCCAGUCUUGUUCGGAAAACAAAUACAUCGAUUUUUUGGAAAACCGGAACCGCUAAGAACUGCCAACAACGAAAAGCACCUAUAAUGGGAUCACCUAGCAGAAAAGAAAAGUCUGAAAGACAUAAAGAAUGCAUCUACUGCUGCAGAGCAGCAACAGAGGUUCUGAAGUUUGGGCCACGGGAACUGAAACCAACCAAGAAAAGUGAAAACACUCCUGAAGUUCUUUUUCUGGUUAUUCCAGGGAACCCAGGGAUUGUGGGCUACUAUGAAACCUUCAUUCAGACCUUGUACAACAAACUAGGUCAGAAAUAUCCCGUGUGGGCUGUUAGCCAAGCAGGACACUGUGUGCCUCCAGACAACAUGGAUAUGAUCGAAGAUACAGACACAAUGGUGAUAAAGGAUGUCUUCGGGCUGAAUGGGCAGAUUGAGCACAAACUGGCCUUUCUGAAGCAACAUGUUCCCAGGGAUGUGAAGCUGGUGUUGAUUGGCCAUUCCAUCGGCUGCUACAUCAUUCUGGAAAUGAUGAAGAGGGAUCCUGGACUUCGGGUUCUAAAGUCGGUGCUCCUGUUCCCAACAAUUGAACGCAUGGCCCACUCCCCCCAAGGCAAGCUAAUGACGCCCGUUCUCUGCAGACUGCGGUAUGCCAUGUAUGUCCCUGUCUUCCUACUCUCAUUCCUGCCCGAGAGCCUCAAAGUCUCCAUGGUGAGGCUGGCGCUCCGAGGCCUGCAGUCUCUGGAUGAGUCUACCAUGCCGGCUUCCGUGAGCCUCUUCAGCGUGGACUGCGUAGCAAACGCCAUGUAUAUGGGAAGCCAAGAAAUGGUACAAGUUUUGGACAGAGACAAUUCAACCAUAAAACAACAUUUGGACAAGCUCAUAUUUUACUAUGGUGCAAAUGACCACUGGUGCCCAGUACAGUAUUAUGAAGACAUAAGGAAAGAUUUCCCAGAAGGCAACAUUCAACUUUGUGAGAAAGGGAUUCGACAUGCCUUUGUGUUGGAUGCUAGCAAAGACGUGGCUUCAAUGAUCACGGAAUGGAUUCGUACUGACCUGGAAAACCUGUAGCUUUGCAGAAACUUGCCUUCACAGAAGAAUCGCCCAUUUACAGGGUUUGUAUUUAAUCUGCAAAACCAAGGUCUCUUAACCUGAAGUACAAAACAUUGUCAGUGUAGAAGCCUUCAUAACUACUCAACCAUGUUUUUUGUUUCGCUCAAGAUACAUUGACCUGUUGUGGAAAAAAUGUAGAUUUUGCAAAGAUUUUUGUAUAAUUUAAAAAAAUUGGAGUGGGUUCCAAUAUAGUUUAGACACUAUAUCUGGUUAGAAAUGACUUAUAUGAAUAUAUGUAUGUAUAAAUGUCUAAUCUGGUAUAAAUUGUAUGUCAUAAUUAUAUUACAAGGUAUAUAUUUUAAAUGUGUUGUUGUUGUUUAAUUGGUUCAUUCAAAUUUCAAUCUACUGUAACUAUGUAUUCCAUGUACUGUACAUUAUAAUACCAGUAUGACAGCUCUCCAUCGUUGUCAGAUGAUAGACGUGAUAAAUAUAAAUUUAUGUGUGUUAAUCUAAAUAUCCAUCAUCACUGUACAUUGGUUUUAUUUCAAAAUGCAAGGUCUGAACAUUUGUAGUUUAUAAUUUGGAUAAUGUAAUUUGUGUAAGUUAUUGUGAUUUAAUAUAUGUAAAAAGAAGAAUGACGCAGAUUAAAUGCCAACCUAUUUUACUGGUUUUCAGUCCUGCGAAAAGCAGCACUUAUUUAUUAUCUGUACCAUAGACAGGAAAUUAGUUAAGUAUGCUUUUUUUGUAUGCAGCCUUUUGUUUUGCAUCAUGUUUGGGUCUGAGCUUUCUGAAGGUUUGCUGAUAAAUUUGUCUUUACAUUCUCAAAUCCUAUUAAUAUAGAAUAUUUUUCCCAUUUUGUUUUGUUUUGCCUGUAUUGCAUGAAAUGGCCUUUAAAAACAAAGGUUUGCAGGAAUCCCUGACAUAAAAAUCUAGAUGAAUGAUAGACAACUGAUUAAUUGCUCUCAUAUAUAUUCACCGUUUACAUUAGGUAUCACAUAAAAAGAUUAUAUCAGUACAUGUCGAUGAUAAUCUUUUUUAAAAAAGCAGUGCAAUUUCAUUGUGUUUUAAAUCUCUUAUGUUAAGCGAAUCCUGCUGUGCGAAAUUUUCUCCUUUUAAAAUGAGAAUUUCCUGAAGAAAUCAUUCAAAGACAAGUACAGUAGCACUUUUUCCAUCUAAAACCUGUAAAAUAUAUAUAUAUAUUAAACUUAAGUUUCUUCUGCAGAACACCAUUGAUAUGUUAUGUGCAUUUGCAAUGUUGAAGGUGCCCCAGAGGGAGAAUAUGUGCAUUUGCAUGUUAGUAUUUUCAGUUUUACAGACAUCAUUGAAAAGAGAUAUUGAGAAAAUAGUCUGUGUACUGGUUUUACAUGGUUCAUAUUCCCGUCUCUUUAGUUCAGGCAUUUGCUCCACACUGGCUUCUGUGUUUGUGGUGGGCAACGCAGAUGUUUUUAGUGUUAACUUUGUACAUCAAGAUAAGCGAGAACAGGCUUCUUGUUUCUAGAAAGCACAGUAGGCAAGAAAAAACAAACUAAGACAUGGGACAUGGAUCAAAGCAAUUAUUAUUUUAGUGCAGGUUGUAAAUACUAUAAAUACAAAUUGGGAAACAGUGAGCCAAAUGAAGCCAACUUCUUACUUGAUAAAAUAGGUUUGGGUGUUAAUAUUGACUGAAUGACCUUGUCUCACAUACAGUAUAACCCUGCUGGAGAAAGAAAUAUGUUUGUUGAAAAUAUUGACUGCUGUUAUGCUGAACAUUACUUGAGGAAUGGUACAGUAGGUAAAGUAUUCAUACUGUGUUCCUUAGGUGUUACUUUUAUACAGUUUUGACCUUUGCUAUGGAACCACGUUGUUUUCAGAUUUUAUUCACAGCAUCAAAUUAAUUAGGAAACUAAUACGUAAACAUUAAAUAUGUAAUAUUGUAUAUAUAAUUGUAUUAUUAUAUGUAUUUAACCUUCAGAUUAAUCCCUACUGACAUUUUUAUCAGAAUAAUAAAGGACGCUUUGCAAUGUGAAGACAGUUUGCUUAUAUUAUGUUUGUCCAAAGUUUUAGAUCCUUUUAAAGGCAUUAUGUUUCCCUUAUCAAAUGUCCUAAAGUUCAGGAAAUCCAAGCCUGCUUACUUUUUCCCUGUCAGAAAAAAUGGCAAUUUUUUCCAUUAAACACUUUAGUAGCAAUAGAAAAGGACAAAAGUGCAGCCAAAGAACACAGACCAAGGUCAGUGAAUUGCACCAAUUCAGAUACCAGAAGAGCCAAAAUAAGCCAAGAGCUCUGAAGCCAUAUUUCAUCAACAGAUCACCCAGGACCCUGAAGGUCUCAAAAGGCCGUGACAUGUAACGCCAUCACUCAGUGCCAACUUAAUUUUAGAUGUCAGCCCACACAAAAACAGAAAAUAAAAGUUUUAAAGGAUAAAACUGUCUUGUCAUGUGGCAUUUUACUGUAUCUACUCCAGUUUUGUUUCGCACACUUAGUAUAUAUCUGAUAGCUUGUAAUACAUUCCAGUGUUCUAAUGUCAUUUUUAUCUAGAAAAUGCCUGGAAUUUAAUGUCGCAAAACUAGUGUGGAAUGUGUAAUUUUAAGAAAAUUACAGUGUUGAAUGUAAAAUGCAUUAAACCAGCCCUGUGCAAUGGCUCAAUAUGUUUUUUUUUAUUGCAUGCAAAUCAGUAUUCACACCGGUGCUUUUUAUUUAUUAUCUCUUUUAUUAUGUCUUCAACCUGAUCACUUAAAAAUAAAUUUCAGAAACCUC